UUGCUUGCUUGCUCGCUCGCUCGCUAGCUGGUUGGCCAACUGAGCUGCCUUUUCCCUCAAUGUUUGAAGAUGUUCAAGUUGAAAAUACUAUUGAUUGGGCCGAGCGAGUGUGGAAAAACAGCACUUGCUAAUUUUCUCUCCGAUACAACGGAAACAAUCGGGUCUGAAUAUAGCCCAACACAGGGCGUAAGGAUACUCGAGUUUGAAUCACAGAAUCUGUCUAAUGGCAACAAACAUUCAGCAUGUGAGGUGGAACUGUGGGAUUGUGGAGGAGAUUUCAAGUUUGAAUCCUGUUGGCCAGCUUUGAUGAAGGACUCCAAUGGGGUACUGAUAGUGUUUAACCCAGAUGUGCCCAGCCAUCUGAAGGAAAUAGAGACCUGGCAUUCUACAUUCAUCUCUUCCCAGGGGUUACUGGAGACCCAAUGUCUGUUAAUAGCGCACCAUAAACCAGGAAGUGGAGCGGGUACUGCUCGUCCAACAUUAGCCCCAAAACUGAGCAAACUGCCUCUCGUUCACUCAAACCUUGAGGAAGAUCCUGAAGUUGUCCGCCAAGAAUUCCACAAAUACUUGGGAAAUGUUCUGCGGAUGCUUUCAGAAAACCAAGAACGUGAAGAGAUGUCAAUUAUUACAUGAUUAGAUUUUUAUACUGAAUCUUAUAUCACGAAAUAUACACUUUAUACAUAAUGUGCAUCUGAAUUUUUAAUAUGGUUUGUGACGUUUCACUUUUUUCCUUUAGUUUCAAAGAUAAUACAGAAGUGUGCUCUGUAAGUUCUGAAGUUCUCUGAACUCUACUACAUGCAUAAAUUAACAAGUGCAAUAAGGCAUUAAUUAAUG